AUGAAUGCGAUAGCUGUAUUACGCGGCGAUAAUGUCAGUGGAAUUAUUCGAUUUAAACAGGAUAAAGAAGGCUCUCCAACAACCAUUAAUGGUGAAAUCAAAGGUUUAACGCCCGGUUUACAUGGUUUUCAUGUUCAUCAGUAUGGUGACACUACAAAUGGCUGCAUUUCUGCUGGUCCACACUUCAAUCCUUACAAUAAAACACACGGCGGUCCAACUGAUGAAAUGAGACAUGUUGGUGAUCUUGGAAAUGUUGUAGCUGGAGCCGAUGGCACCGCGCACAUUGAUAUUUCUGAUAAGCAAGUACAGUUAUCGGGUCCAAAUUCGAUAAUUGGCCGUUCAAUUGUUGUACAUGCUGAUCAAGACGAUCUCGGGAAAGGAAUUGGCAAUAAGAAGGAUGAGAGUCUGAAAACUGGUAAUGCUGGUGCCCGUGUCGCAUGUGGUAUUGUUGCCAUUGGUGCUGCUUCCUGA